CAAUAGUGGUAUUUGCUUCCAUCUACCACAUUGUUCGAACUUGUUCGGAAGAGAAGAUUUGAAUUACGUUAAUCGUAAGAAUUACUAUUAUUCGAAGAAAUGUCACGAAGAGCAAUCAAGGCGAUAAAUUGGGCGCCACUCGUUGAGCGGAUUCCAGAAUCUGAGAAAACUACACUGGCUGUUUUUAAAACUAAAUCCGAUCAAUUUUUACGACGUAUGACAGCUAACCCAGAAGCUGCACCAAAAAUUGAUUGGGCAUAUUAUAAAAGAACUAUUACAACUCCUGGUCUAGUAGAUAAGUUUCAAAAAGAAUAUGAAUCAUUAACAAUACCUUAUCCACCUGAUAACUAUACAGCAAAAAUUGAAGCUGAAGAAAAAGAAACUCUUGUUAAAAUUGAAGAAUAUCUUCGUUAUGCAGAUUCACAAAUAUCAACUUCACAGCAAGAAAUAGACAGAAUAAAAGGUUUGUUACCCAUUGCAGAGAUGACAUUGGAAGACUUUAAGGAUAUGUAUCCAGAGCAUGCUUUCAAUCCUGAGAAACCUACAAUGUGGCCCCAUACUCCAGACUCUCAACCUCCAGAUGAUAUUGUAUAUGGUUCAGGAGGCUCUCAUUAAUUAUAUUUUGUGCAUUGAAACUAGUCCCGAUGUAACAUUGAUUGUCGAUAAUCAAUUUGUCAACACUUGUACUAUCAACAUAUUUAAAUUUGGGUAGAGAUUGAAUUUAAUAAAGCUUUGGAAUUAUUACACUAAAAUCAUAUGACGCUAAAUAUACAAAAACAUAAACUGAGCAAUUGUUUGUAAUUUUUUCACAAAACUACAUUCAAUCUACAAUUAAAUUUAUUUACUUUUAUUGGUAAUAAAAUUUGUUUCAUUGAUGUAUUUACUGUGGUGUCUUGUGAAAACAUUUGAAUAUCAAAUAUAUUGUAAGCCGUUGGCCGACCGGACGCCAUACAUACAUUGUAGUAUGUUAGAGGCGACUGCGGGCCGUGGAAAGAGCUUUUUAAAGGUGCCGAUCCGCCGCCGAUGACCAAAUCGAGAGUCAGUCUCGUCCAAGUCGUUGUCGAGGCAAGACUAAUACAUUGGUAUACAUAUUUCAUCUCGGUCUUCUGCACUUUAUCACAAAUCCCGGCCAUCUCCUUACAAUAUCUAUAAAUUAUUGAGUUUAAAAUACAAAUUAUAUAAGUAUUCUAUACAUUAUCCAGUGAAAUCAAUCAGUUUGGUAGACAAAAUGUAUAAUUUUCAGCAAAAA